AUGACCAUAGACUCCAGUAUUCCAAGCAAGUACCGGGAAAUUCAAGACUUACCCGGUGUUAUUGCUCACCGUGGCUAUUCCGGCAAAUACCCCGAAAAUACCAUGUUGUCGUAUGAAAAAGGUGUUGAAGCCAAGGCAACAGCGUUGGAAGGAGAUAUUCGACUGACAAAGGAUGGCGAGAUCAUCAUGAUGCACGACAUGAAGUUGAAUCGUACGACGACUGGCCACGGAAAGAUCGGAGAGGUCAACUAUCAUGGUUACAUUGAUGGCCUUGAAACAAAGUCGGAUCCACCGCAGCCUAUACCCCUUUUUAGAGACGUGGUGAAGCUUAUGCUGCGUCAGGAUGUUAUUGACAGAAAUAUGUACAUGAUUAUCGACAUCAAGUUUGAUAACCCAAUUGAAAUCAUGGAAGCGGUGCAUAAACUACUAAAAACUGAAUUUGGUGACCACAUGGACACCCUUGCUCGCCAAUUGGUGAUUGGCAUAUGGCACGUUGAUUUCUUGCCCGAAGCUCAAAAGAUUGGGUUUCCCAUUUGCUUCAUUGGCCUUUCCCUCGCUGCGGCCCGCAAGCAUUUCCUUCAUACCGCUGAUUAUCUAAGCAUACCCUUUGCUGCACUUGCAGAUGCGGACGGUCAUGCGUUUUUGAAGGAGGCCCGUUCUCUGAACAAAAAAGUGAUCACCUGGACGAUCAACGAGGUGGAGCAGAUGCAUGAGUGCUUGGCCCUGGGAGUGGAUGGCGUGGUAGGCGACCAUGUCGAACUGAUGAUCAAGAACCUCUGGGAAAACAUCGAGGGCAUGUCGCCCGAAGAAUAUGAAAAGUAUAUAGAAUCAUCCACCUAUCUAGGCUCUAGCCGUCGUAGAAUGUACUUUUAUCUACUGAAAAAUGCCAUGCACUACGCAAGUCGUGGCUACAUCGGGAUGUAA